GUUAUCUUGCCCUUUUUUUAUACAUAAAACAUAGUUAAAGGAUGGCAAGUGACGUUGCUUAUCAAAGAGUUCAACCUCAAAAUGACCUCAAAGGAAGCUUACUAUUCAAGUAUAGAUUAGCAAAGGGGUUAACGAUGGUAAGUUUAUUUGCCAUUGUGCUCAUGGCUGCAAGCUCGAUCUUUUAUCCAAAUUUUAUGUAUUCCACUGACGACGGCACCCAAGACGCUGCUGAAACGGAAUAUCAAAGUAACGAAGCUGGACGUUGUUACUUGCCCAACACACUUAAAAUGCCCACAAGCCCUGACGGAUCAUACACACCGCCUACGCCCCAUCAAAGUUUGGUAAGAGCAGUUAGAUUUGCCUCCCCCGAAGAGUUUCAAGACUACUGUAGUCAAUACGAUGCCGAGCUGGGGGCUUUCACCGAGGAAUGGAAAUACAACGAAAACGGUGAAUGUGGUAACUGGCAAGAGAAGUAUACCAAAAUGCACAAGACAGACAUGGAAGCAUUGAAAAACUAUCAAGAUGGUAUCUUCCCAUCAGAUAUCAAAGUGGCUGAGAAACCCAAAUUUAUUUCAUAUCUUUGUAAAGAAGUACCCAAAGAUAGUAACAGAGGUUGUGGUGGUUUGGCUGAUAGAAUGGGUGGUAUGAUCUCUACCAUGUUUUAUGCAUUGCUCACAGAUCGUGCUUAUUUACUCAACUGGGCUGAAUUAAAUCCUUUGCCUCUUGAGGCUAUUUGGGAGCGACCUCAUAUUGAAUGGUCACACGAUCCCGAAGAAAUGGAAGCUUUGUUCACUGACGAUAAGAAUGAAUUGCUUGGAUAUCAGAAAGUAGACACAUUGAAUAGAAAGGCCAAGAUUUUAACACAGACUUUAUUCCCUGAUGGAGGAGAAAACACCGAUUGGAAGAAGUUGUGGAACGGAACUUAUGUUGAAGUGCGUUCUAAUCGCGGUUAUAUUCUUCGUACAUUCCAAGUGUCCAAGAAGUACACCAAGAAGUUAAACGCAAUGGGUCUCACUAAGGAAAACACAUUUAGAUGUCUCACCAAUUUCUUAUUUAAGCCUACCAUCGGCGCUAGACGUUUCUUGAACGCCUAUAAGAAAUUAUUUGCUAUGGAAAGUGUAUUGUCCAUUGGUAUUCAAAUCCGUACCGAUGAUAACGCUCUUGCUAAUCCUCAGUUUGAUGCUAACAACUUGGAGAAGUGGGGCCAUUUCGUGAAAUGUGCUUCUGACCUUGCUGCCUAUAAAAAACAAGCUCAUCACAAACAUAUUGUUUUCUUCCUUGUCACUGACUCCGCUCAUUUGCGUGAUGAAUUCCUUUCAAUGAACACAAACAAAGAAUUGGCUUCAAAGUACAUCAAUGAAGAACUCUUGGAUAUCUCCAGUAUGGUCAUCACUGGCUUACCUAUUGAACAUAUCGAACCCGAUCAAAUCGCAAAGUAUAUCGAUGUCAAGGUUCACAAGGAAGUUAAUUUGGCUAGAAUGACACCCGGUGUGAACAGUGCCUAUAUGGAGAAUUGGUUGCUAGGUGAAACUCAAUACCGUGUCAUUAGUAUCCAAGGCUACGGUAAAAUGGCUGCAUUCUAUUCAGGCGAUGAUAAAACCUCUAUCUCUAUGCCUAAACCUUCCAAAGUUGAUGGUGUCUUGACUCCUCCUGAAAUCUCUUGCUCUUCAGAAGAAUCUUUUGUUACUUUUGACUGGCUCAGUACUACUUGGAGUUUGGGAUAAAUCAUCCUUUUCUUUCUUUUAAUUCUUGUAAUCAUAUUAUUAUUUAUACACACUCUUUUUGUUUUUUUCCAUUAAAAUAUUUUUUGACCACAAAUUAGGGUCAUCUAAAAAAAAAAGAAAAAAAAUCGGGCUGGUUUAGGU